GUUCCGCGCCAUGGCAGUGGGGGACAGGUCUCGUGCCUUCAGCGCCUCGAGCACCUGGUGCAGAGGCGUCUGGUGAGGAUGACGAAGCGCAGAAAUCUGAAAAGGAGCUCCAGGACUUUCUCAGCAGCGCGCCGCUGCCUGGUGAAGCCUGGGGUGACGAGGAGCAGGAGGAGCAUGCCAAGGCUGUGGAAGAUGCGCAGCUCUCAAAGCCCAAUAAGGAGCUGGAGGCGUUCCUCAACGGAGCCCCCAUGCCAGGGGCUUCCUGGGACGAGGAUGACAUGGAAGUAGAGGCACCCGUUCAGGAGGAGCCGGAAGCGGUUCAGGCAUCGAAGCCCCAAGCCAGGCCCGGCGAAGACUGGAUGGACAUGGAUGAGCCGAAGUCCAUGAGGUUCCCAGCGCCGAAGCGACCGGCCCCCAAAAUGGAGGCGCCCGUGGCUUCCUUGAGCGAAAUCCUUGGGGAAGCAGACGACGAAGAGCAAGAAGGUGAAGGAGUUCUGCUGGAGCCUGCUUCAAAAGCGCCCAGGAUCGCCAGCCUCUUGGCGUCACUCCCUGCACCAAAAGGUUCAUGA